UUCAGACGUUCACCCCUUUCUCAAAAGCGCACGAGAGGGAGGGAGCGAGAGCGACAAGAAAAAAAGAAGAUCAUCUGGCCAUCCACAAGGCCACAAACACGUCCGGAUUCCCGAAGGCUCCAGAACCGGGCCCCACGGAAAGGACUGUCCCACUGGCCCCACACGUCAGCGACCCGCGACGCGUCCGUCCCGUCCCGUCCCUGUCCGGCGCGAGAGGCUCCCUGCUAUAACUGCCGAUCGGUGGUCUCCUCACCGGCGCAAAAGCAGACCACCUCGCCUCGUCAGAUCGACCGACCGUGAGGAAGCGAAUCGGCUCGUCAGCCCGUCGCCAUGGCCGCCGUGGAGGUGUGCGUGAAGGCAGCCGCCGGGAAGCCCGACACGCUCGGCGACUGCCCGUUCUCGCAGAGGGUGCUGCUCACGCUGGAGGAGAAGAAAGUCCCCUACGAGGUCAAGCUCGUCGACCUCGGCAACAAGCCCGAAUGGUUUCUGGAGAUUAACCCAGAGGGUAAGGUGCCUGUGCUCAAAGGUGAUGAUGGUAAAUGCAUUGCUGAUUCUGAUGUAAUCACCCAAGUCAUCGAGGAGAAGUUCCCAACUCCAUCUCUGGUCACCCCUCCAGAAUAUGCAUCAGUGGGAUCAAAGAUUUUCCCAGCCUUUGUCAAGUUCUUGAAGAGCAAGGAUGCUAGUGAUGGUUCAGAGAAGGCGCUUCUGGAUGAGCUGCAGGCACUGGAUGAGCAUCUCAAAGCUCAUGGCCCUUACAUCAAUGGGGACAAUGUGUCAGCGGCUGAUCUAAGCCUUGCGCCAAAGCUCUUCCACCUCCAGGUCGCACUAGAGCAUUUCAAAGGCUGGAAGAUCCCAGAAAACCUAACCAACGUCCACGCCUACACCAAGGCUCUUUUCAGCCGUGAAUCUUUUGUCAAGACUAAGCCAUCCGAGGAGCACGUGAUUGCGGGAUGGGCGCCCAAGGUGAACGCAUAAGUGCCUUCUGCUUUGGUGCUACCUGGUGGACUCCAUCCAUUUAUCUGAUCAGUCGUUGUCAGUGGUGUGGAUAGGUGUCGCGUCUGUAGCCUGGAUGCAUGAUUGAGUUGGAAUAAUGCAGUGCCGUGUCUUGAGUACUCAGUUCUGGCUGUUGCCAUUGUGCAUCUUACCUUCUGUUGCCGGUUUUGUUCAGAGACCAUGGCAUCUCUUGAUCCUAUGCUACUGUAAUGUGGGUACCAAAUAAUGGAGCUGCUUUUGUGCUUGUGGUGUGCAUUAUGUUGUGCCUUGC